AUACAUGGAGUGGUGUACCACGUGGGAUUCCGAGGUGACAUCUUUUCGACACCUCUUGCUGAAAACAUUGUAUUGAGACCGGUGUCAAUACCAGACGAGCUAAUACGAGACGUACAUGAAAUUGAUGCUCUAGUGAUCGUGUGAUGUCGAGCAAAAGCGAAAGCGACACAGCAUGCAAUGAGGCUCGUUCAUCGUCAGACAACGGGCAACGCUCUACUACGGAAGCUCUGUAUCCUCCCGACGCUUGGAACAUCGUUGCGUCGACGUCCGCGUUGAAUACGUUUAAUCCUAUACGAUCAAUUGUUGAUCAAAUGAAAGUACAACCGAAUCCAGACUAUGAACCGAUAAAACUAUCUAUUGGGGACCCCAGUAUUUACGGCGGCUUCGAGCCGUGCGUGGAGAUUCUUGAUUGUGUCAGGGAGUCGCUUUACAGUGGGAAACACAACGGCUACCAUCCUAGUCACGGUUCUCUUGAGGCUAGAAAAGCUGUUGCUCACGUUCACUCGAAACCAAAUCAAGAAAUAUCACCAAAUGAUGUCAUAUUGACGAGUGGAUGUUCUGGGGCUAUUGAUAUCACUCUAAGAGCUCUAGCUAAUCCUGGUGACAAUGUACUCAUUCCAACCCCUGGAUUCUCUAUUUAUAAAACCAUCUUAACAGCAUGUGGCAUAGAAGCAAGGGAAUAUUAUCUGCUGCCUGAGAAAUCAUGGCAGGUGGAUCUGGAACACUUGGAAAAACAGAUCGAUGGCAAGACAGUAGCAAUCGUACUUAAUGAUCCUUCGAAUCCUUGUGGUUCUGUUUACAGUAGUGAACACAAACAAGAAAUUAUUCAAAUUGCUGGUAAAUAUCACAAGCCAAUAGUUGCAGAUGAAAUCUAUCAUGAAAUGGUUUUCUCUGGGCAUAAAUAUGAAUCAGUGGGCUCUCUUGCUGGUGAUGUUCCUGUCCUGUGUUGUGGAGGCAUAUCUAAGAGGUAUCUAGUUCCUGGAUGGAGAAUGGGAUGGAUCAUAUUGCACGACAGGCGAGGAAUUAUGAGAGACACUGUGUGGCCAAGGAUGGUUGCAAUGACACAAGUAAUACUUGGUCCAUGCUCUAUAGUUCAAGGUGCAUUGCAUGAAAUACUCUUGAAGACUCCAUCAGAAUUCUUUCAGGCAGUAAACAAGAAAAUUGAGAGUCACGCUAUGCUAUGCUAUGAUUGUUUAUCUAAAGUAGAUGGCUUGAAGCCAAUUAUGCCACAAGGAUCAAUAUACCUAAUGGUACAAAUUGAUAUCAAACGCUUUCCCAACAUUAAAGAUGACAUCGACUUUACAGAAAAGCUUGUCUGUGCAAUGUCGGUCCACUGCCUACCUGGACAGUGUUUUAGGUAUCGAAAUUACUUUCGCGUUGUCAUCUGUGCUGCUAAAGAGAAACUAGAAGAAGCUUGUCAUCGUAUCAAGUUGUUCUGUGAGAAGAAUUAUGUGACAGAAUAGUAGCACUUAGGAAUUGUUGGAUAAUUAGAAUUGUAUUAUCAUGCACUCAUGCACGGAUCACGCACAAAGCUCACCAAGUAUUUAUUUAGUAUUGUAUUCAAUGUGCUGCAGUGUCACUGCAUUUAUUAGUUUUGUCGAUAUCAAAAUUAUUUGUACGUGUGUACGUCCUAAAAAAAG